AUGUUGCAAGCUCUAUCAUUGUUGUUGUCUAGCGCGUGGGCGUUCUCCAGAGAGCAGUUUACGGUCAAUGGUACGGCCAUUCCUGAUGUUGAUUUUGACGUUGGCCCUUCCUUUGCUGGUCUAUUGCCGGUCUCUCAGAUCUCUGGCGAAUCGCGACAACUCUUCUUCUGGUACUUUCCCAGCAAAGAGAAUCACGCAUUGACCAUCUUUCUCAAUGGUGGUCCAGGCUGCAGCUCCCUCGAAGGCGUGUUGCAGGAGAAUGGACCCAUUAUGUAUCGGAAGGGUAUGCUCAAACCAGAGAGAAACCCUAACUCCUGGACGCAAUACACAUCGAUGCUGUACAUCGAGCAGCCCGUUGGCACUGGGUUCUCUCAAGGGGUAGCCAACGCGGAUAAUGAGGAAACCUUGGCUGCUCAGUUUUAUGGCUUUCUGCAACAAUUCAGAGACGUCUUUCCCGAAGUGAAGCCCCAACCUCUGUUUCUCACUGGGGAAUCUUAUGCAGGCAAGUACAUUCCGUACAUUGGCAAAAAGAUGCUAGACGAUGGCAACAAGGUACGACUCACCGGAGUCAUGCUGAUUGAUCCCGUGUUGACCUCGAUGACUUUACAAGAGGAAGUGCCUUCGGCCGCUUUCAUGCAACGCAACAAGGCGGUCCUUGGACUCGACGACUCAACAAUGCGAGAAAUACAACAAAUUUCUGACGACUGUGGCUACACUUUUUUGAUUCAAUCGCAACUCCCCGGGCCUACAUCUAUCGGGUCGUCUGAUUUAACUGAUCAGCGGUUCAAUACAACACAAGCUUGCUCAGGACUUUGGCAACGGCUGGUGGAUGAAUGCACUCGGAAAAACCCCAACUUUGACAUCUACAAAGUGACAGAUUCCUCCCUUCCGUACGACCCAAUGGGUUUCCCAGCUUCCCAAGAGUACUUGCCGCCAGGUGGGCAACUCUACUUCAAUCGUACGGACGUUCAAAUGGCAAUCAAUGCGCCGCCCACCAGUUGGACGACCUGUGCACGUUCGCCAGUCUUUCCAAAUGGCGACACUUCUCCGAAUGUCGUCAAGCAGGUGCUGCCAAACCUUAUCGAACAAAUUGGUCGCGUCAUUGUUGUGCAUGGGAUGCUCGAUCUAGUCCUGAUUGAAGAAGGAACCCGACUGGCACUGCAAUCGAUGACCUUCAACAACGCUCGGGGCUUCAAUCAAGGAAUCAUGAAGCCAUUUUCUGUGGAGGGAAAAGGCCAGACGGGACACUACGUUCAGGAAAGAGGUCUGAGCUAUGUACAGCUCAAGCUGGCCGGACACCAGGUUCCGGAGGACGAUGGCUCUUCGGGCAUCAAAUUGCUGCAAGUUCUCUUGGGCGAAGCCUCGCUCGGUUAG